AUGGUCGGGCCGGGCCGAAUCGGGUCAUUUUUAAAAGUUUUCAGGCCCGGCCCGAUUUUUUUGGUCGGGCCGCUUUCCCUGCCCAGGUCCGACCAAUGGGCGCUUUUUCAAUGCCCAAGCCGAAAAUUUUCGGGCCGGGCUGGACGGGCUGGGCGGGCCAAGGCCCGUGAUCACCUCUACUCCUGCCUCAACGCCCCCACUCCGCUCCGCCACCUCACCACCAAGGAGCGCGCCCGCGAGGCCGAGCGGGAGAGGCUCGGCCUCAUAUCCAAGGAGCGCCAGCGCGAGAUCGACCAGGAGAAGGCCCGCGCCAAGGCCGGCGGUGUCGCCUCCGAGGAGGAGCCCGUCAUUAUGGGGACGCCGGGGCUGGAUCUCAUCACCCUCGGCCUCGUCGACAAGGAGGUCAUCCCCAAGUACGAUCUCACGGUGGAGGAUGGACGCCGGCUCGCCAAGGAAUACAGCCGGCUGCUCAUGCGGAAGCACCGGACGAGGCAGGCGGCGGAGACGACGCUGCUCCGGCUCAAGAAGGAGGCCAUCGCCACCCUGCCGGACCACCUCUGGGCGACGGCGCUGGUCCCGGACCUCACGCCCUUCCCGGCGAGCCGGUACAUGGCCACGCUCACGCCGCCAAUUGAGGGGUACAUCGACAAGGUCAAGGAGACUGCCAAGAAGCACGCAGUGAAGGAGAAGCUACGGUGAAGAAAGGAAUGCUGUUUUUCCGAAAAAAGGUGCUUUCUUGAGGACACUGAUAAAACGGGACGGGAUGCGAACCCCGUCAUCAGGUGGCUCGCUCCGCUAACUUUAAACAAGUUACUAUUGAGAACUACACCAGAGUCUCGCAAGUUCUAAUUGCACAGCCUGAGUGCAUCUCCAGGUCCGUAUAUUUUCCGUUGAGGUAUACUUUUAUUUUUUAGGCCUGAUUAGGGCGUCAAACAGACAGGCAGUUACAGUGAUGUUGCCGAAUUGUGAAUCUUGGCUUUGAUCUAAAAUACUCUGUAAAAACAAAGAUUAUAUUCCAUUAGAAUGUCUGGGAGUAACAGUGAUAAUAUUAGGUGAGAAAUAGAGUAAACAUGCCUUUAGAAUGUCUGGCAGUUGGAAAGUGAGAUAAUACUCUGUAAAGAUUUAUUUUCCUGUAUAAAGAUUGAACCGGGCUGAUGGUCAUCGCAUUCAUCAA